AUGUCUACAUCUCCAACUCCAGAGCUCGACCAUGUCGAUAACGCCACACAUGGACCUAUCCGACCAGCUACGUCCGAUGGACCUGAUUCAGAACGUUCUGUGGACGAGCUACCGGUCUUGAACCCCUCACACCCGGAUUACCCGCCGCUUCGUCACACUCCGGUUUAUUCUCCACAACCUCAUACGGCGGACUACAAAAUAAUCAAAUUGAAUACCCCUAAGGAAGCCGAAAACGUCGAGGAAGCCCUAAAACCCGACAACUCUGAUGACGCGGAUGAAGACGGCGACUGGGAUAAGAGUUCCCCAGCUGGCAUCCCACGGCUGGCUGAAUACAUGGCUCGCGUGCCUGAGCGGGCUAUUUUCCGUACCUACCGAACGCUCGGCGUGCAGAAUCUUCUCUUCAUGCAAGCAGAGAUCGACUAUCUUGAGUGGAAGCUUCGUAAUGUGAUGACCAAUUUCAGAGAGGGAAAAGGCGGCAUCACCAAAAAAUAUGCCACAGAUUGGGCUUGGAAUACAAUGGAGGAUACCGACGCACCACAGCCCAAGCAGUAUCAUUUCAUAAUGCAGAUUCGUGAAAAGCUUGAGAAAUACGAAGAAGCACUUCUGCGACAACGUAUGCUCGCCAAGAUCGCAGCGCCCGAUCAGUUUGAUAUCGACCUGAUUAAAUCCUACAACGUGUCUCGCGCUACACGAGAUAACUGGAUUUUUCACUUUAAGCCUCUUUAUGGCCUUCCUGAAGACUGUAGCGAAAAUGAUCGGUUCCAUGGACUUGCAGCUACGGACCUGAUCUCGCUCAAGUCCCGCGAAUACAGCGAUUACUUUACUAAUUGGGUCUGCGCGCGGUCACUUACCAUAAUCGGAAUUUUUGGGAGAUUCUUGGAAAAGUCUAAGUUCGGUGGCAAUCCAGUAAUUUACGACAGCACUCUCAGAGAGUGGACCCAUUUCUUCACUGCAGUGCUUGCUAGUCUAGUGCCUGCCGCUGUUGCAUACAUAUCUCAACAAGAAAGAGAUAUGUCCCAAAUUUUGGUCAUGGCGUCGACAAACCUUCUGUUAUCGGGCUGUAUGGUCUACUUUGCGGACGCGGAAAGAGUGCAUCUCUUCCUAGCUGGUAUAUUGUAA